AUGAAGCUUGCUAAAGGAUUGUACUUCUUGCUCGCGCUUGGCGCGACAGCUGAUACUACGCCUCACCUAAGGGCAAGAGGCGGUCAAACCCAAAAGGACCGGAACACCAAGAAGAAUGACAAUAACAACAAUCAUGGUCCUGCCAUCUCCUCCCAGCACUUGAAACAAGAAGGUCUGUUGUUAAAGCCAGAGAGGACAGGAGACACAGCAAUCACCUCAGAGUCCAGUACUGCUGGAACCGAGAAUGGCGCCAGAGACUCUGAUGCUUUUGAUCAAGCACUCCGGGCCUCAUGGUCAAACAACACUGAAACUGCAAAUAAGAAAAGUGAGAGGAGCUUUCUGAUGCAGCAACAGCAGAAACGUCAAUUGGACUUGGCAGAGGACAUAGGAGAUGGUGCCCUAUCUAUGCUGGACGACGCGGCACUACUAAUCUUAGGUGAUGCAGUUCCUUUCAAGACAUGUGAUGCACCCAACCAACAAAAAGGAGUUGUUCCAGAUGGCUUUCUUGACCCACUAUCUGGGUGUUACAAUUCUCUUGCAGGACCCGUUCAAGUUCUAAAAAGAAUGAUUGAGGCACUUGCUGGUCCACUUGGGGAUGAACCAAUGGUCCAGGAACUGCUCAAUUUGGUUUUCGCACCAUUGGAAGAAUUGAUGAAAGAAUUGUCCAGUCUUAUUCCAGCAACAGGCACUAUCUGUGCUGGGGACUUUUCUGUCAAGAAUGUCACUAAUCCCAAGGGGGACAUGGUCGGAACCUGUGAAGGCAUGCCCUUGUCCAGUGCGAACAAGGACGAGUGGGCCAUUUUUGGUGGUGAACUCGUCUUGUCACCAGAAGUCUCAACAGCAGUAUGCCAAAUACCCACCACCUUAGAGUUUUCCUUUUGUAUGGGAGUCUCCUUUUGUGACAUUCUUCCAUCAGUGGCGUUCUUCAUGGAUGGUGGGCUUAUGACAUGCCUUCUCAAUUAUGUUGGAAAGGGACUCCAAGCUAUCACAAGUGGUGGUGGAGCUGCGGCGGCCACUGGUGUCGGUGCUGUUGUUGGUGGUGUUGCUGGUGCAGCUGCUGUUGUAGUUGAAUAUGUCAAAAUUGCAAUUGCAGUUGGGUUUAAGCAUGCAGGAUUUGGAUUCUCGCUCAGCAAUUCAUUUGAAAUCCCAAUGGCUCUAUUCAAUGGAGAAAAACUUUUCCAUUAUGUGGCAAGACCAACAACAUUCGAGAAGCUAUCACUCUCAAUCCAAUCUGGGACCAUUCACCCACAACUGAAAGAUUGGUUUGAACUUAAUGGGGAUGUCAUUCAUGGCACUAAUAUACUAAUGCCCAAUGGAGAACCUAUCAGUAAGCAGUUGUUUGAUAAGGGCCUUGCAGAUUUUGACCGAGCACUGAAAAACCAUGUCGAAAAACAGUUCGACAAUUUUCAAGUCCAGAAUGUAUUUCAGGGAAAGUGCCGGUUGUCCCUGAACUUCCGCAACAUACCCAUAAUUGGAGCUCUGUUCCCUAAAUUUGAGUUUGAGUUUGGUCGCGCUUCUGUGUUUACCUCAACUGGGUCAGCAGCAGUUACUCUUCAAGAUGGCAGUCAGCAACAGGUUUACCCUGGGAUGUCAGCUUUUAUUGGUCAGACUGGAAAUGAGGGUGCACUCUUUGAUGCGGUGAAAAAACUAAUGCUUAGCAUGGGAGGAAUCAUUGACCAAGUUAUCGAUGACACCUUUCCUAUAGCAAACUUAAUUGACGAAAACUUGGCUACCAGCGUGGUUGAAAUGGUACUAGAGAAACUGGACCUUGGCAAAGUUCCACCAAACAGCAAUAACAAAUACUAUGGAAUUGCCGUGACAAUGAAUGUGGAAUACGUCGGAUUUGUUGUUCAAGUGCCCCUUUUGCUGGGAAAGUCAUUGGAUGACCCUGUCUCAGAUUUCAUCUUGAAAUGUGGUUCAGACUAUAAGACUUUUGGAUGUGAAAUUACAAUGGACAACAUGAACGCCUUCAUCGCAGCAGUUGCAGAAGAAAUUGCAGGUGGUUUACUGUGGGUCUUCCAAAAAACUACUGAGUUUUUGAAACUUGAUGAAGCUGCUGAAAUCAUUGGUACCGCCUUUGAGAAGGCAGGCGAACAACUAAAAGAUGUUUUCUCAAAAGAGAAUAUCGAGGACACCAUAAAAGACAUUGUGGGCGGCAAGCUAGAUGUUGAUAUAAAGUUUCAGGAGCUUGCAUCCAUUGGAUACGCAGCGUUCAAUGUUCUGUGUAAGGAUGAGGAAGGUUGCAAGCCUGAUGGAGAAGGGCAUGUGGAACUGAACCACGGUGGAAGGCUUGUGGCCAAGAGCCAUGUCUUUCAGACGGAAAUUUUUGUGUGCAAGGUGUUAGCUGUCAAAACUGCUGCAGUGGGAAAAGUAUGGCGCUAA